ACAACGGCAUCAAUGCUGGAUAAUGUAUUUGGAAGUAACAGAAGAACUGCUAUGAAGAAGCAUUUUCUUUUACUAGGGUGUGGAGGUAGAGGUUGUAGCAUGAGAUUUUCCUUCUAAGGUGCAUAGGGAAAAUUCCGUUGUAACCAAUGAUGAAUCAAGGCUGUUUCUUCUUUCUCUUGUAGUACUGGGAUGCGUGAUUAUUUUCCUUCAGCUUAUAAAAGGGCAUACUUUCGAGAUUCCUUUAUUUAGAACAUGUAAUUUGCAGUUUCUUUCUUCUGAUAAAAAUCUUCUACUGUCAUAUAAUCAUUGCAAUCAGUGAUAAUGUCUUGGUGAUUGGUAAAGAUAACAGUUGGUAAUGAUGGUCGUGGUGCACGAAAAUGGAUGUGGUAGUAAUGAGGACAGAACAUGGAAUCAUAGUGGUUGUUUUCUGCGAUUAAGAUAUAAGAUGGGAUUGGUGCAGUGGUGGCAAUGGAAGAGUAGAACUGUGAAGGUGAGAUGAUGAGUAACGAAGGACAAGGUGGUUGGGGUAGCGGAGUUUGUGGAUGAGUGGCGGUGGCGACUGGUGGUGGUGGUGGCAGUAGAGUUAUAUAAAAUGUAAAACAUGAGAGAGAUAAAUUGAUAUUUGAAUUAUAUAAAAGGAUUUAACUGUUUUAGAAUUUGGAACCAUCCUAGAAUUAUUUUCAUCCAAAAGCAGCACCAUAAUUUUCUGAAAAAGCAUCAGUAGUGGCGAAUAAAACAUAAGCCCUGAGCUUCCUCGUUGUGAAAGAAUCCCCCCCUCUUUCUUUGUUUCAGACAAUGCCAGCCUAAGGAAAGGAAAGGAAAGGAAGCAGCAGCAUCCAAGCACAAUCUCAAGCUUUCCCUGCCAACUAUGAUAUAAUAGUAGAAAGUUUCCAUAAGCUCUGAAUUUAUGCCUAAAAAUAGACGGUAUCCUUAACUUUGCAUCCUUCUUAUUCAAGGAAUCAUGAUUUUUUAUUUAUUUUUUUGCAAUUUGUAAAUUGAUCAGGCUAACAACAAACAGCUAGGGUUACAACUCAUUUAUAUAUAUAUAUAUAUUGGAAAAGAGUGAAGCGUAUCCAACAUAAAAAAUCUCAACCUGCCUUUAAUUUUUUGAUUCAGUACCAUAAAACAGUAGAAAGAGAAGGGAAAACUGCCACAGCAUCACAAUCACAUAUGUAUAUAUUCCCAACAGAACAGAUUGCUCUUUUACCUUUUUCCUCUUCAUCCUCUUUUUUCAGUACCUUCUCUUGCUUGCAAAAUUUAACUACCCCAAUGCCUCCUUUCUCAAGUUUUCUGAUAUUCUUCCUUCUCUCUUUCCUUCUCUCUACGACCCAAGGAAGCUUUGAUUCUUCGAGUUUUAUUUAUAUAACUUGUGCCACCAUGAUAUUUAAGCUCUUGUUCUUUGUAAUAACUCCAUUGCUCCUGGCUUGGUUUGUAUCUCAUUCUUCUAAACAAAUAAGAAGAAUUCCAAAACCACACUACAGCAGCCGCAGCAGCUUCUUGACAAUAUGGCUUCUGGAGGAGCUGUUCAAUGUUUCACAAUCUUCCUCUUGUAUCUAUUCCUCUAUCCAGGUCAUCCAAGUGUUGCUGAAAUGCCGAUUUUGGAACCAAUCCAAAAAUAUGAAGUAGUAGGCGACGAAAACAGGAUGCUCAUCUCAUAUUCAGAGACCGCCAUCCAACUAGAUGCAGUUACAGGAGGGGUUCCCAUUAUCAAUCCAACAAAUCCGGGUUCUGGAACAACUCCUGUAGUAAAUCCAGUAGACUCUCCUCCAACACCAAUUGGAACCAACCCAAUACCUACAACGCCCCCAGCUGGUAUGGUGCCCCCCGCUGGUAUGGUGCCCCCGGCCACUAUGAACCCCCCACCAGCCACUAUGAACCCCCCAGCUACCACAAAUCCCCCAGCUACCACAAAUCCGACCUCUUCAGGAGGAGCAUGGUGUAUUGCCAGCCCAACUGCUUCAGAAACUGCCUUGCAGGUAGCUAUUGAUUAUGCUUGUGGCUAUGGUGGUACAGACUGUUCCGCACUUCAACCGGGUGGAAGUUGUUAUAAUCCAAACACCAUCCGUGAUCAUGCUUCUUAUGCCUUCAAUAGCUACUACCAGAAAAAUCCAGUUCCCACAAGCUGCGUUUUUGGCGGAACAGCACAGCUUACCACCACUGAUCCAAGCAGUGGAAACUGUCACUAUGCAUCAUCACCCACAACACCCAGCAUAAGUCCACCGGUCAACCCAGCACCAACUCCCCCAACCCCAACAACUCCCCCAACCCCAACAAUGAUGACUCCCACAAUAACCUCACCGGGUGGACCACCAACAGUUUAUGGCGUGCCGGAACCAGUUGGCCAGCCCAGCUCAGCCACCUCUGUUUCAUGCACUUUACUUUUCCUCUUCUCUACAACUGGCAUCGUGGGAUCACUUCUUGCAACAAAACAUCUCUAAGGGCAUGGAAAUUCAGUCUAUCGCUACCCUCAACGAGAUGACAGCUUCCUUGAUUGCCACCAAACUUCAUGAACUUCAAACACAAGCAGUGAGAAUCAACAACCACAUAUUUUCUCGAGGAUUUGUCCUCGCCAUAAAAUGUUACAAUCUAUUUUCCCUACAAUGCUUUUUGGUUGGUAAGAAACUAGAAGAAAAUGAAGAAGACCGUAGAAUGUCUCUGUCUUAGGUUCUUGUGCUCGUAGACAAGUUAACUAGUUAUAUUCUCUCAAAUUUUUAGCAUUCAAAAGCAUCGGACAAGCUUGUCUUGCUUUAGGAUUGCUUUUACAGCCUGUGUGCUCGAUGUAUACGAUUUAAUAUAUGAAUUAGCAGUUAGUACCAAACAGAAUCAUCACCCACAGAAAGAGUAGACGACAAUAAACAAUUGGGACUGGUAAGACUACAACAAUGCUCGUGGUAAUUACUAGACGAAUUUAUUUCAUCCAGUAACAGAGGGAUUUAUGUUAUUCCCCGCGUAGCAAAUGAACAUGCUUCAACA